UGUCUAUAUCAGAUGGCUGUUGGCUGGCAUGUGCCAAACCCCACGUGACUUCGGAUCAGGGUCAGGGCGCAGGCUUCCUUGGGCUUCUCUGAUUGUCAGCCAGGAUUGAUUUCUCAUCAACAUCGUCAUUCGUUCUAUUUGCUGCCUGGUUGCAUUACGUUCGAUCGACGCUGUGGUUACUAUCGCUUCCAACAUCAAUCACACUAGAAUAUCAGAAUCAAUGGCGGUAAGAUCAGUGUCGUUUAAAUAGAGAAGAGCACAUGCUGACAUUCUUCUAGGACUCUAGCAAGAUGCAGGUCGACGAGGAAAACACCGAGAUCGACGAGAGUCUUUACUCGCGUCAGCUAUACGUCCUGGGCGCAGAGGCAAUGAAGAGAAUGAACAACUCGAACGUUCUGCUCGUCGGACUCAAGGGCCUUGGAGUCGAGAUCGCUAAAAACGUCGCUCUGGCGGGUGUCAAGAGUCUGACUCUUUAUGAUCCCGCACCGACCAAGCUCGAGGAUCUCUCGUCGCAGUUCUUUCUCGCCGAAUCCGACAUCGGCACGCCGCGUGCCGCCGCGACCGCUCCUCGUCUGGCCGAGUUGAACCGGUACGUCAAGAUCGGCGUGCACGACGGCCCGCUCGACGAGGCCGCGAUCACACAGUACCAGUGCGUUGUACUGACAGAGACCUCGAUCGAGACGCAGGUGCAGAUCAACGAGAUCACGCACAAGCACAACAUCGCCUUCAUUGUCGCCGACGUCCGCGGCCUGUUCGCCAUGGCGUUCAACGACUUUGGCACCGACUUCACCAUCAUCGACGCCAACGGCAACGAGCCCGCGACCGGCAUUGUCUCGGACGUCGACGAGUCCGGGAACGUGACUGUGCUCGAGGACACCCGGCACGGGCUUGAGGACGGCGACUAUGUGACGUUCAGAGAGAUUGACGGCAUGCCCGGUCUGAACGACGCCGAGCCGCGCAAGGUGACGGUCAUUGAUCCAUAUGCGUUUAACAUCGGAUCUGUUGCGGGACUGGGCACGUACGUCCGAGGCGGUCUGUACCAGCAGGUGAAGGUUCCGUUCCAGAUCAGUAUGGAGUCGCUGAUGACGCAGCUGCAGAAGCCCGAGUACUUGUACUCUGACUUUGCAAAGCUCGAGCGGCCGCCGCAGUUGCACAUUGGGUUCCAGGCGUUGCAAGGGUUUGCAAACAAGCACGAGGGCCAGCUUCCGAAGCCGAUGGACGAAGCCGACGCGAACGAGGUUGUGCAUAUCGCGCGCACGCUUGCGGCGCAGAUGCCGGGCGUGCUGGACGGGGCCGAGUUGGACGAGAAGCUGAUCAAGGAGCUUGCGUACGAGGCGCGCGGAGAUUUGCCGCCGAUGGUGGCGACGAUGGGCGGAAUUGUUGCGCAGGAGGUGCUGAAGGCUACGUCGGGCAAGUUUUCGCCUAUCCGCCAGUACUUUUACUUUGACUCGCUCGAGUCGUUGCCGGAGAACUAUGCGCGGACUGCGGAGAACACGGCGCCGGUUGGGUCGCGGUAUGAUAACCAGAUCGCGGUGCUGGGCAAGGAGUUCCACGACAAGAUCCGGAACAUGAAGGAGUUUUUGGUGGGCUCGGGAGCGAUCGGAUGCGAGAUGCUCAAGAACUGGGCGUUGAUGGGACUCGGGUCCGGGCCGGAGGGCAAGAUCACGGUGACGGACAACGACACUAUCGAAAAGUCGAACUUGAACCGACAGUUUUUGUUCCGGCCGGCGGACGUGGGUAAGCAAAAGAGUGAUGUUGCGGCGAAGGCGGUGGAGGCGAUGAACCCGGAUAUGGCGGGGCAUAUUGAUGCGAAGCAGGACAAGGUCGGGCAGGACACGGAGAAUGUGUUUGAUGACGAUUUCUGGAUGAGCUUGGACGCGGUGACGAACGCGCUUGAUAAUGUGGAGGCACGACAGUACGUCGAUAGACGGUGCGUGUUUUUCAAAAAGUCGUUGCUGGAGAGCGGAACGCUGGGGACGAAGGGAAACACGCAGGUUGUGUACCCGAUGUUGACGGAGAGUUACUCGUCGUCGCAGGAUCCGCCCGAGACGGGGAUUCCGCUGUGCACGCUGCGCAGUUUCCCUAACCGGAUAGAGCACACGAUCGCGUGGGCGAAGAGUUUGUUCCAGGACUACUUUGUGCUUCCGGCGGAGAACGUCAACCAGUAUCUGUCGCAGCCGGAUUACGUUGAGUCGACGCUGAAGAUGAGCGGAGACAAAAAGGGGAUCUUGGAGAGUCUGCAGGCGUAUCUGGUGACGGAGAAGCCGCUUACGUUUGACGAGUGCAUUGCGUGGGCGCGGCUCGAGUUUGAGAAGAAGUACCACAACGAGAUCGAGCAGUUGCUGUACAAUUUCCCCAAGGACGAGGUGACGUCUUCGGGGACGUUGUUUUGGUCUGGCCCCAAGCGGCCGCCUACGCCGUUGUCGUUUGACGUUGAGAAUCCGACGCAUUUGGAGUUUAUAAUUGCGGGCGCGAAUCUGCAUGCGUUCAACUACGGGCUUAAGGGCAGUUCUGAUCCGGAGGUGUUUAAGAAGGUGCUUGAGAAUGUGAUUGUGCCAGAGUUUUCGCCAAAGUCGAAUGUGAAGAUCCAGGUUGAGGAGAACGAGCCGGUGGAAGGGUCGAGCGGGAACUUUGAGGACGACGAGCUGAAGCACUUGGCGGAGAGUCUGCCGACGCCGUCGUCGCUGGCGGGGUACCGGUUGGUGCCGGUUGAGUUUGAGAAGGACGAUGAUACAAACUACCAUAUCGACUUUAUCACUGCGGCGUCGAACUUGCGCGCGAUGAACUACGCGAUCGAGCCGGCGGAUCGGUUGAAGACGAAGCUGAUUGCGGGGCGGAUUAUCCCUGCGAUCGCGACGACUACGGGGUUGGUGACCGGCCUUGUGAACCUGGAGCUGUACAAGGUAGCCGACGGCAAGAACAAGAUCGAGGCGUACAAGAACGGGUUCGUCAACCUCGCGCUGCCGUUCUUUGGGUUCUCGGAGCCGAUCACGCCGCCAAAGAUCAAGUACAACGACAAGGUCGUCGACGGGAUCUGGGACCGGUUCGAGAUCGACCGGGACAUGACGCUGCAGGAGCUGCUGGACUACUUUGAGAAGGAGGAAGGGCUGACGAUCACGAUGGUCUCGCACGGCGUGAGCAUGCUGUACGCGUCGUUUGCGCCGCCAAAGAAGCGCGCGCAGAAGCUGCCGCUGAAGUUGACGAAGCUGAUUGAGGACGUGACGUCGAAGCCGGUGCCGGAGGGCACGAAGACGUUGCUGUUUGUGUUGUGUGCGGAGGAUUUGGAGGGCGAGGACGUUGAUGUGCCGUAUUUGCUGCUGAGACUGAAGUAGGCGUAGUAGUAUAGCAGUAGCAAGAGUAUAGCAGUAGUAUUGUUCUUUAACUGAGAUAUGUUGAUAAUCGAUUACGUAACUGCAUAAAUGUCACAACUCGCGGCACAAAAGGAGACGAAAACGUUGGUGAUCGGUUUUGC